AUUAUUUUGCUAUACUGUGAAAUAAUGACUAUACGUCCGCUACCAUCGGUGUUAGCAGAAAGAGCUAAAAAUGAAUUAAACGAAGAUCCAAAUCGAUUGAAGAAUGAUUUGCAAAGUCUGAAAGACUGGAUUGCUAAGCAACCGCAUCUACGCGCCAGAACAGACGAUCAAUGGCUAUUAGCAUUUCUGCGUGGUUGCAAAUUCAGUUUGGAAAGGGUCAAGGAAAAAAUCGACCUAUAUUAUUCCUGCAGGAGCACAGCGCCUGAUUUCUAUAGGACCAUACAUACAGACCCGAAGUUUAACGAAAUCCUGGAAAUGGGGGUUAUUCUCAUUCUGCCAAAUUUCAAAACAGGUGCUGCGUCGGCCUACGAACCACUAGUGACUAUUGUACGACCUGGAGCCUAUGAUCCUGACAAAUAUUCCAUCACAGAUAUUAUUUCUGUAUCCCAUGUUCUUACUAAAAUUGUGUUGAUGGAGUGUGACAACGCCACUAUAACAGGUACACAAGGUGUUCUUGAUUUAGACGGAGUGACUAUUGGACAUUUCGUGCAGAUGACACCUUCAGUCAUAAAGAAAAUGGUUGUCACUACACAGGAGUCGCUCCCAUUCCGAGUGAAAGGCAACCACUACUUGAACACACCUGCAGGAUUUGAAAUCAUUUUCAAUGCAAUUAAAUCUCUUUUAAGCGAGAAAAACCAGAAUAGAUUAUACGUUCACAAUAAAAACUAUGAAGAAAUGUACAAAUAUAUCCCAAAGGACGUAUUGCCCGCUGAAUACGGAGGAAACGGUGGUACCAUAAAAGAGAUUAUAGAAUGUUGGAAGGAAAAGGUUCAAGAAUACAGUUCAUGGUUGGAAGAAGACGAGAAAUAUGGUACAGACGAGCCUUUGAGGCCAGGAAAACCUAAAACAGCUGAAGACAUGUUUGGCGUUGAAGGAUCUUUCCGAUUACUCCAGGUGGAUUAGCUAGUGUU